AUGUACCGCAUAAUAUCAAAAAGAUGUUUACAUUAUAAAACUUAUCCAUCCAUUUUUUUACUCGAUACAAAACAAUCAUUUCAGCAAUCAGCCAAAAAGAACAAAUUGUAUCAUAAUUUGAAACAGAAGAUCGAAAACAACCAAAUAUUAGUUUCUUCAGAAGUAUCAAAGAUUGACAAUGAUAUAAACUCUUUGAAUACAUUACCAAGAACUCGUUCUGUAAUUGCAUUAGAGAGAGAAAAGAUUAAUACAAAUUCAAUUGUACCUAAUUGGAGGAAGACUCCCACAUUAUGGUUUAGAAUAAUAAGAGCACAAAUGAAAAUAUACAGAGAAGCCAUAACAAAUUCAUACAGAAUUCAUAAAAAAUAUAAAAAUGUGUCGAGCAUCUUAUAUUCUAAUCCACAGUUAUUAAAAGAUUUAGAGUUUAAUUCAUUGGAUAAGCGUAUCACCAGAAAAAGCUUUGUUGAAAUGUAUAGAAAGAAUGAAUUUUGGAAAUUACCUAGGUUUCUAAUAAUGUUUUUCAUAUUUGAGGAACUUUUUCUGGUAAUGGUUUAUUUAUGGCCAAAAUUGGGACUUAGAUCAGCUCUAUCUGUGGGUGCAUAUAAGAAGAUUACCGAAAGUCAUCUAUUCCGAGACGACCUUCAAAAUAAGUUAUGUGGAACUGUGGGUGUUGGUAAAAAUAUUUCUUCUAUUUCGUCACCAUAUGACCUGGAUAUAAGCACUUUGAAGAGGUUACUUCAACAAUUACCAACUAACGAGACCCCACGUUGGAAAUUAUCGAUUUGGAAGGCGUUUAACCUUAAAUCGAAAAUUGCAAAUCUCGUAGCAAACAAACAUGAGUAUUAUGUUGUAGAUGAUUGGUUACUUCUAAAAAAUAUAAUGAGAGAAGAUUCUGGAACAAUAACAUUUUCUAAACGAGAAUUGGUUAACAUGAUUGCAGAGAGACAACUUUAUAAGAAAAAUGAAGAUUUAAACACUAUGGUGAAUAAUGAUAAUGGUAAAAAGCUUCUAUUGUGGAGAAUGGCUCUUUAUUGGAGUUUUAGAUUUGAUAACGUUGAUAUCUUAUCACCCACACAAAACUCGAAUUUUACAAAUAAAUGGGGUGUCAAUAAUGUGUCAAUUUUGAACUUCCCCGGAACAUUAUCGGAAUUUGGUGAUAAAGUAGAGAUAUUUGAUGAACCGCAUUUAAAUUAUUUAUCAAACGGUAAAUAG